AUGGCCCCAAAUCUCUUCCUCUGCUUGCGCACCAUCUGCUGCCCUCUCUACUGGUUCCAGCGCGGCGACCGCAUCAAAUCAGACGAUAACCGCGAACAACACUGGGAAACCCCCGUCCCGGGAACAUACAAGUUCCUCCCCGGUCAAGGCUGGCACCUUGUCCGCCGUGAUGGGCAGGAUCAGGACGAAAAAGUCCCCGCUGCCCUGAUCUACUGCCGCGUUCUGCACCGCUACAUGUUUGAGGGGGAGCUGGAGGAGCGCUCGCGCUUCUUCACGGCGCCCCUGCAAAAGGGCGGUCGCCCUGAGAAGCUGCGCUUCUUCCUCCUCGACGAUGGCGUUCACUGGGUCGCUGGCUGGGACGCCAAGGGCCGCUUCAUCCCCGGUCCUUAUCCUAAGUGGUGGUUGGAUGAGGACGGUGAGACUAUGCGCCGUGGUAUGUCGCCGCCGACCAGUGCGAAUGUCUCUCGCUGUAACAGUGUUAUUGCGGGCAAGAUCGAGUAA